UUAACAUUCCUCCCUUGUCUGUGUUGCUGAAAGGAGAGCUCCAGUGAACGGUGAGAGGGAGUGCAGUGCUCUUGUGCGAGUGAAGGUACUGAGAUACAGUGGGGCAGCAGCAGCAAGAAAGAAAAAAAAAAAAAGAAUUCUGCAUAAAAUAAUUUUUCUUCACUUUUGGAACUGGAACUAGGACCUCUGAAAGCUAUCAUCAGCGAAAAAAAAAAUAUCGGUGAUUUCCUUAUAAAUUACGUCUCCAACAUGAAUAGGAUCUAAUACCUACAGCUUUGCCGAAAAAAAAGAAGGAUUAUUGUCCGUUGGAUGUGGUUAUGUUUUCUUUGGAAAUGCAAAAGAUUAUGCAUUUAUCUGUCUUCCUUGUUCCUGUUUUUUUGGGACUGGCGUUUGGUGGCUCUUCCAGUGUACAAAUUGGGGGUUUUAUUUCCAAGGGGUGCACGAUCAGGAAUACAGAUGCAUUUCGAAUAGGAAUGGUUCAGUUCGCCACUCCUGAGUUUAGACUGACGCCCCAUAUUGACAAUCUGGAAGUGCAAACAGUUUUUGCUGUCACCAAUUGUUUCUGUUCCCAGUUUUCAAGAGGAGUCUAUGCUAUUUUUGGAUUCUAUGAUAAGAAGUCUGUAAAUACUAUAACAUCAUUUUGUGGAACUCUACACGUCUCUUUUAUAACACCAAGCUUUCCUGCAGAUGGAUUACAUCAGUUUGUUUUACAGAUGCGACCAGAUGUCAAGGGUGCUCUUCUUAGUUUGAUUGAGUACUAUCAGUGGGACAAAUUUGCAUAUCUGUAUGACAGUGAUAGAGGUUUAUCAACACUGCAAGUAGUACUGGAUACUGCUGCUGAAAAGAAAUGGCAAGUAACAGCAAUCAAUGUAGGCAACCUCAAAGAUGAAAAGAAAGACGAAGCUUACCGCUCUCUGUUUCAAGAUCUUGAGAUCAAGAAAGAAAGGAGGGUGAUUCUGGACUGUGAGCAAGACAAAGUGAAAGACAUUAUGGAACAGGUCAUUACCAUUGGAAGACAUGUUAAAGGAUACCACUACAUCAUUGCAAACCUGGGAUUCAUAGAUGGGGAUUUGUCCAAAAUUCAGUAUGGCGGAGCCAACGUAUCAGGAUUUCAGAUUGUUGAUUUUGAUGACCCAGUUGUCUCAAAAUUCGAUCAGCGGUGGGAAGCUUUAGAGGAAAAAGAAUAUCCUGGGGCGGACAACAGAAUUAGGUACACGUCUGCCUUGACUUACGAUGCUGUGCAAGUGAUGACCGAAGCCUUCCGCUACCUGCGCAAACAGAGGAUUGACAUCUCCAGGAGAGGCAAUGCCGGUGACUGUCUGGCAAACCCUGCUGUACCCUGGGCCCAAGGAGUUGAAAUAGAAAGAGCCUUGAAACAGGUCCAUGUGGAAGGCUUGACUGGAAACAUACAGUUUGAUCAGUACGGGAGAAGAAUUAACUAUACGGUUAAUGUUAUGGAGUUAAAAAACAGUGGUCCGCGGAAGAUUGGUUAUUGGAAUGAAGUUGACAAAAUGGUUGUUACAGCAAUUGAUUUCUCCCCUGGGAAUGACUCCACCGGCAUGGAAAAUAAGACAGUAAUUGUGACAACAAUUUUGGAAGCACCGUAUGUAAUGCUGAAAAAAAAUUAUGAGCUAUUUGAAGGCAAUGACAUGUAUGAAGGUUACUGUGUGGAUCUGGCAGCAGAAAUAGCUAAACAUUGUGGGUUCAAGUACAAGCUAUCUAUCGUACCUGAUGGAAAGUAUGGAGCCAGGGAUGCGGAAACCAAAAUUUGGAAUGGAAUGGUGGGAGAACUUGUGUAUGGGAAAGCUGACAUAGCUGUGGCUCCAUUAACCAUCACCCUGGUGCGAGAAGAAGUGAUAGACUUUUCAAAGCCCUUUAUGAGCCUGGGGAUCUCCAUCAUGAUUAAGAAGCCUCAGAAAUCCAAGCCCGGGGUGUUUUCCUUCCUAGAUCCCCUGGCAUACGAAAUCUGGAUGUGCAUAGUGUUUGCCUACAUCGGGGUCAGUGUGGUUCUGUUCCUAGUCAGUCGCUUCAGCCCCUAUGAGUGGCACACCGAGGAAUAUGAAGACGGACAAAUACAAAGUAACGAAUCCACAAAUGAAUUUGGGAUAUUUAAUAGUCUCUGGUUUUCUCUUGGUGCCUUUAUGCAGCAAGGAUGCGAUAUUUCGCCAAGAUCUCUCUCUGGGCGAAUUGUUGGAGGGGUAUGGUGGUUCUUUACCUUGAUCAUAAUCUCAUCCUACACGGCUAACUUAGCUGCUUUCCUGACUGUUGAACGGAUGGUGUCCCCAAUUGAAAGCGCAGAGGAUCUCGCUAAACAAUCAGAGAUUGCUUAUGGAACGCUGGACUCUGGCUCAACAAAAGAAUUUUUUAGGAGAUCUAAAAUUGCACUGUUUGAUAAAAUGUGGACCUAUAUGAAAAGCGCUGAGCCGUCCGUGUUUGUGAAGACAACCGCAGAGGGUGUCGCCCGUGUACGGAAGUCCAAAGGGAAAUACGCUUAUCUGCUGGAGUCCACGAUGAACGAGUAUAUCGAGCAGAGGAAGCCAUGCGACACCAUGAAGGUCGGAGGGAACCUGGACUCAAAGGGCUACGGCAUUGCAACGCCUAAAGGAUCCUCAUUAAGAAAUGCGGUUAACCUCGCAGUACUAAAACUGAAUGAACAAGGCCUCUUGGACAAAUUGAAAAACAAAUGGUGGUACGACAAAGGAGAGUGCGGCAGCGGGGGAGGUGAUUCCAAGGAGAAGACAAGUGCACUAAGCCUGAGCAACGUUGCUGGAGUGUUCUACAUUCUCGUCGGCGGACUUGGUUUGGCAAUGCUGGUGGCUUUGAUUGAGUUCUGUUACAAGUCAAGAGCAGAGGCGAAACGAAUGAAGGUGGCAAAGAAUGCACAGAAUAUUAACCCAAAUCCCUCGCAGAAUUCGCAGAAUUUUGCAACUUAUAAGGAAGGUUACAACAUGACCUUUGGUGAUGCCAUGAGAAGCAAAGCAAGACUGUCAAUUACAGGAAGCACUGGAGAAAACGGCCGUGUGAUGACUCCAGAAUUUCCAAAAGCAGUGCAUGCAGUAUCUUACGUGAGACCUGGCAUGGGAAUGAAUGUCAAUGUGACUGAUCUCUCUUGAUUGAUAAGAACCUUUUGAGUGCCUUACACAAUGGUUUUAAACGUGUGUUUUCCUGGUGAAUGGUUGAGAGGCAAAUCCAGUAUCGUCAAGACAUUUAUUUUUUUGUCAAAUUAAGAACCUUUCUCCUCGUGGAAAUUCGUCAUGGAGUUGUUAGUGCAAACAACAUCAUCUUCUUUCUGUUAUUUCUCUCUUUAUCUCUCUCUACUUGUUUGAAACGGAGCUUGACUGACAUGCACAGCUAAUGUUGGAAGUACUGAAAUCGUUGUCUAGGCAACAUAUCUGUUUCGGUAGCCACCAUCAUUGACUUAAGCACACUUGACAUCAUCUGCAUCAAGGUGUGAAAUGUUUUUUAAGAAAAUUAAAUAAAAUAUACAGUAUAUAAAAAAAAAACAUAUUUUUAAGUAUUUUCACAACAAAAUUGCUUUUAAAUAAAUCUGCUUCCAUUCUGGUUGAUUUAAUCUGCGGGGAUGAGACACGGCUUUAGGCAACCAGUUCCAUAUUUUUCAAAGUCAAAUAUGUUCAUGCUAAAGGAGGUAAAUGGUUGAACUCUUGUAAUUUAUUAUUGUUAUUAAAAUGUUCCUGUAUAUCGUAUAGUUUAACAUUUGGUGUUAAUAUCAAGUACUUGGCAAUGCUUAACAUUUGAUAUAAAAAAUGUCCUAAGGUUUUAUUUGCAAAAGAUGAAAUUCCUUGCACUUCUGUCACUGUUAUGGUUUUAUUUUUUUAUUUUAUUUUUUUUUUUCAACUGAAGGUUUGAAUGGUGUUACCAUUCUCAUUCAAUUCAGCAUACAAGGAUCAGGGUAGCCAUUUUUUUUAAUUAUAAAAAAGCAGUCUACACAUUAUGAGUGUUGUAAGCCAUUCAUUAUAUUAUUGCAUUCGUUUUGCUACUAAAUUGACGAAUUUGUUAAAAAUGCCAAAUAAAGAAGUGUACCAAAUGUACUGGCAUUAUUGACAAGACUAAGUUUUAACAAAAUCGUUCAAUGUCAUCCAAGUGAAUGUAGCUAAUACAUUCUGUAUGUGUUGUAACACUAUGUACAGUUUGAUGGCUUACUGAAUAAUUUGCUGAUUUUGAUGUGUAAAUUAACAUUUUGAAGCGUGGCAGUUUCCUCACAAAAUAACUAUUUGAUUUUGCCUUUAAUAUAUGGUGACUGAAGCCACCAAUAUGACAUGAUUCUCAAUAUUUCCAGUUUAAAAAUGUCCAAGAUUGUAUGGGAAACCAAACAUUUGUGAAAAGGUCAGGAAAUGCAGUUAUCAAUAACUAGUUUUCAUUUUAUUUUCUCUGAGGCUGCUUACAGAUCCAGAGGGAAUUAAACAAGAACUAGUUAGUUAAGCAAUGUGUUAUAUAUCUAAUAGGUAAAUGAGUAUAUUCAUUAUCGAAAAAAAAAACAAAAACAUUAAUCAGCUGGGCAAAUAUGAAUGGAUUAAGCUGUAUUAUUCCUUGGGUCUGAUUUGUUGAUUUAUCAUCUUUAUACAUCACAAGGGGACAUUGUUAUACCAUUAAGGUUGACCAAGAGCAUAAAGUCAUAUAUUUUGUAAAUUAAAUAUUCUGCAGGUCAUCUAGAAGUAUGUGUAUGUAUACCUUUAAAAAGAUACACUGGAUAAUAUGGCACAAAUGUACUAUUUGAAUGAAACAUAUUUAGUUUAUAGAUCAUUACUUAUUUUGUAUCUGAAUGAACUGUGUAUAUGAAUUAGCCUCUAGCCCAAAUAUGAGGACCAAAAUGACGCAACGUAUCAGUAUUUUUUUUUCUAUUAUAAUUGUUAUUAAGUGUGUUGACUGUUAUUAAGAUUCAUUUACAAAAGCAUUUUUAGUUUGCAAGCUAUUCUCACUGACACUUUGUAAAUGGAGUGUGUUCUAAUGUCUGAGCUUGGCCAAUUAAUUUUUGGGACUAUUUCCAAGUAUUUUAUCUUGGCCAUACAUAAACUAGUCUAUCUUAUGUAUAAUAUUUCAAUACAUUUUCAGUAAUAAAAUUUAA